AGUUUAGCUGUGGCAGCUAACAAAAUAGGUUCCACAGAAGCAAAAUGUUGAAAGUGCGCAGCGGUGUAUCCAUAAUUCAGUCGCAAAAAGCGGCCAUCUGUCUCAGUAAUCAGCUGCGCUGGCAGACCACAGCUGUUGCAGCAGAACCAAGAAAUGAUGCAGAGUGGCUACAGGCUCGUCCUUUUGAGGAGAUUCCUCGGACCACAAUUCUGUCUAAUAUUCUGAAUUUUAUGCCUGGUGGAAAAUAUAGCAAGCUGGACAUUAUGGCAUUGUUCCAGGCCUUUCGCAAAGACUACGGGAAUAUAGUCUAUUUAAAAGGUAUGAUGGGAGGCCCAUCAUUCGUGAGCACACAUAACCCCAAGGAUUUCGAGCUGGUAUUCCGUAACGAAGGCGUAUGGCCCCAUCGGCCUGGAGGCGAUACUCUUCGCUAUCAUCGGGAGACGCAUGGAAGGGAUUUCUUCCAGGGAGUCGAGGGAAUCAUACCUACCCAAGGAAAGACCUGGAGCGACUUUCGAUCCAUUGUAAAUCCUGUCCUCAUGCAGCCGAAGAAUGUUCGUCUCUACUUUAAGAAGAUGUCCCAAGUGAACCAGGAAUUUGUUCAACGUAUUAAAGAAGUUCGUGACGUCAACACGCAGGAGGCUCCAGAUGAUUUCAUACACAUUAUUAAUCGCUGGACCCUCGAGUCAGUCUCUGUGGUGGCCCUGGACAAGCAACUGGGACUGCUCAAGGAGUCGGCCAAGAACGACAAGGCCCUGAAACUCUUCAAGUACCUGGACGAUUUCUUUGACUUAUCAGCUGACCUGGAAAUGAAACCCUCCGUCUGGCGUUACUUUAAAACACCGAAGUUCAUGAAACUCAUGAAAGCUCUCGAUGGUGUUCAGGAAGUAACUUCCGCUUAUGUAGAUGAAGCUGUUGAACGUCUGGAGAAGGAGGCCACAGAGGGAAUUGUUCGCCCGGAGAACGAGCAGAGUGUACUCGAAAAGCUGCUCAAGGUCGACAAGAAGGUGGCCACGGUUAUGGCCAUGGAUAUGCUAAUGGCUGGGGUGGAUACCACAUCUAGCACAUUCACUGCGGCCUUGUUGUGCCUUGCCAAGAAUCCGGAGAAGCAGGCCAAACUCCGGGAAGAGGUCAUGAAGGUUCUGCCCCAAAAGGACUCCGAGUUCACUGAGGCAUCGAUGAAGAAUGUUCCCUUUCUACGUGCCUGCAUCAAGGAGUCGCAACGGCUUUACCCUCUACUUAUCGGCAAUGCCCGAGCUCUUGCGCAAGACAGCGUUUUAAGUGGAUACCAAGUUCCUGCUGGUACCCUAAUUUCAAUGGUGCCCAUAACUUUGCUUGCAAACGAGGAACACUUCCUCCAGGCUGAUAAGUUUCUUCCAGAACGGUGGAUGCGUAACGCCACGGUCGGCACAGGGGAGUGCCCGGCGAAUGAUUUGAAGCUGAAGAAUCCGUUUGUGUUCCUUCCAUUCGGAUUUGGGCCCCGGAUGUGCGUGGGAAAGCGCAUCGUGGACAUGGAACUGGAGCUGGGCAUCGCCCGGCUCAUUCGGAACUUCAACAUCGAGUUCAAUCACCCCACAGAGAACGCAUUUCGCUCUGCGCUUAUAAAUUUGCCCAACAUACCGCUUAAGUUUAAGUUUACGGACUUGCCAAACUAACGUUAAGCCAAUCGCAAUUGGGUGUACUGUAUAUAUUUGCAUUGAAACAAAA